GCCUGCUGGGGGCUGGCUACCGCGGCCAAGAUGUCGCUGAUCAAGAAAAGAAAGCUUGAGUCGGGGGGCGGCGGCGCCGGAGGGGAGGGAGCGGAGGAGGAAGAUGGCGGGGAGCAGGAGGCAGCCCCGCCACGACCCCGGAGGACUAAGCGCGAGCGAGACCAGCUGUACUACGAGUGCUACUCCGACGUCUCGGUCCACGAGGAGAUGAUCGCCGACCGCGUCCGCACCGACGCCUACCGCCUGGGCAUCCUGCGGAACUGGGCCUCGCUGCGAGGCAAGACCGUGCUGGACGUGGGCGCGGGCACCGGCAUUCUGAGCAUCUUCUGUGCCCAGGCCGGUGCCCGGCGCGUGUACGCGGUGGAGGCCAGCGCCAUCUGGCAACAGGCCCGGGAGGUAGUGCGGCUCAACGGGUUGGAAGACCGCGUGCACGUCCUGCCGGGCCCCGUGGAGACGGUGGAGCUGCCGGAGCAGGUGGACGCCAUCGUGAGCGAAUGGAUGGGCUACGGACUUCUGCACGAGUCCAUGCUGAGCUCCGUGCUCCACGCGCGGACCAAAUGGCUGAAGGAGGGCGGUCUCCUCCUGCCAGCUUCCGCGGAGCUUUUCGUGGCCCCGAUUAGCGACCAGAUGCUGGAAUGGCGUCUGGGGUUCUGGAGCCAGGUGAAGCAGCACUACGGCGUGGACAUGAGCUGCCUGGAAAGCUUCGCCACGCGCUGCCUGAUGGGCCACUCGGAGAUCGUGGUGCAGGGGCUGUCCGGCGAGGACGUGCUGGCCCGGCCGCAGCGCUUUGCCCAGCUCGAUCUGGCCCGCGCCGGCCUGGAGCAGGAGCUGGAGACCGGUGUGGGCGGGCGCUUCCGCUGCAGCUGCUAUGGCUCGGCGCCUCUGCACGGUUUUGCCAUCUGGUUCCAGGUGACCUUCCCUGGAGGGGACUCGGAGAAACCCCUGGUGCUGUCUACCUCGCCUUUUCACCCAGCCACUCACUGGAAGCAGGCGCUCCUCUAUCUGAAUGAGCCGGUGCCGGUGGAACAAGAUACGGACAUUUCAGGCGAGAUCACUCUGCUGCCCUCCCGGGACAACCCCCGACGUCUGCGAGUGCUUCUGCGCUACAAAGUGGGGGACCAGGAGGAAAAGACCAAAGACUUUGCCAUGGAGGACUGAGCGCUGCCUUUUCUCCCAUCCACCUUCUUCGGAAGGUCGGAAGAGAAAAGGAGAUCUCCUGUGCAAGUAGGGGACAUAUUUGCCCCCUUUACCUCACCGUUUCUGGGGAAGGGAGAGUGACUUCAGUCUUCAUUUGAGGACAUUCUUCUGGCAAUGUUUAUUUAAAAAGCACUGUGACGGUAUCAGCAUGGCCAUACCAGAGGAACAGUGUAUGCCACUGAGUACCAAAGGGCCCAACCGAGCACGGCCUUUAGGAUGUGCACCCUUGGGAGGGCUGAAAGCCUGAGUUGUGUGAAACCCAGGCACUGUGUGGUGUGUUCUGCAGAUUGGGACUAGUAAUGUGGGGAGCCCUUAGGGCUCCAGGCCUGGAAUACCAGACCCAAGAGAGAGAGAGCAUCACGGUCAAGGUCCCCUCCCUCCCUCACAGCUUGCAGUUAUUUAGACAUGUAGUUUUUUUUUUUUUCAUCAAGCCAAUGAACAUAGUUGCUAAAAGUACAAUAACCACUGCCCUCUAAUAGAUCUCCACCACUAGAGAAACUAAGCCAUGGUAGGAUGGUUGGAGUGUCAGGAAGGAUGAAUGUUAUUUACACAUUAAGUAAAAAGGUUUCUAUAGAUACCGAUUUGCCUAAAGUUACACAUAUAUAAUUCUUUUUUGUUUGCUUUGUGAGAUGGGAUCAUGUGUAGUACAACACUCUCCUGGCACUCACUAUGUAGCUGGAAUGACCUUGAACUUCUGAUGAUCCUGCCUCCACCUUGCAGAUACUGGAGUUAACAACUCUGUGCCGCUGUGCCCAGCACACACCUAAUUUUUGGCUGUUAGAUCUUGGCACAGUUCUUUGACUUCCUGAUCAUAAACAAAAUUUAACUUUCAUUAUGUUAAUCCUGCAUACUUCAGUUGAGAACAGAAUACUACAGACCACCUGAAUGGUACCAAAGGUUUAAUUAUUGAUGAUAAGAAAAAAAAAAAGUGUUUAGUACUAGGGAGUCUCACAGGUGACCCUACAUCUGCCUGGAAAAACCAUCUUCAGUGUAUAUCUCCCUGAGUUUGACAGUAGGUACUCAUUGGGAAAGCACCUAUUUCUACUUCCCAAAUAGUUAAUCAAAGGUGACAGACAUUCUGGAGUCCCCAGAAAACUGAACCCAUGACAGUGGCAAAGGCAAGUGAACUUGUCAUUUUGGCAGCGGGGCAGCUGAUAGAUCUAAAAGAGAUACAAAAAAUAGCAUAAGAGUUCAAGAAGGCAGAUGUGAAAAGGUCUGUUUCUCUCAUCCUUUAAGUCUCCAAGGAUUGAGAAAUCCUCUUCUUAUCAACAGCCUGUGAACGCCUGGAAAACUUUCCCAUCUGAUACUCUCAAAUUAGGCAGUAUUCUCCAAAAUAUUAGUCUGUUCCAUGACAAAGUAUAUUAAAUACGUAAUCCUUCUUGGCUACUAAUCAAAAAAUCUAAACCAAAUCUGUAUCUAACCAUGUGUGUCUGUGUAUCUUACCCAGCUUUCUACAUGAUUUCAUUUCCAUGCUCCAGUUUGUGAUUUAUCCUUUCACUUGUAAUAAAGCUUACAUGUUUUGUUGGAA